GCCACUCAUUUUAAUGCUUGGGAACUCUAGGUUGAGAAAUGGACGGCUUUCAUGUGACCAUUCGGACCUCAGCAUCUCCUCUGUCAGGGACGUUUGGCAGGGUUUGGAUCUCUUUGAUUGGUACUCUGAGUGAGAGCCCUCCAGUCAGAGUGGAACACUGUCUCUUGCCAGGCUCAGCCUAUACAGUUGUCAUCAAGUCUAAAGAGGAAGUUGGCAUAGUGGUUUUGUUGAAACUCCGUCUUGAGGCUCAGCCUGGUUUUCCGGACCUGGAUUGGCACUGUCAUGAUGUGCAGGUGAGACGGAGUUCUGAGGAUCCCGAGGUGGAGGUUUUUCCUUGUCAUAAAUGGAUCCGGACAGCAGAUGGUUACAUCGAGCUUCGGAAUGAGAAAGCAUGUCUGAAAAAGGAGGAAACAUUAGAUAUCCUAAUCAGUCACAGGGAGAGGGAUCUCCAACAUAAACAACAUUGUUGUUUCACAUUUGUUGAAGGUGGUCCUCACUGUGCAGAUAUGACCAGUGUUACAGCUCUAGGACCAAACUUGAGUUACAUCCGUCAACGCCCAGUUAACAAUGUGCACUACAUAAAGAGUUUCAUUGAAAGAAGAACAUCUUGGAGCAGCCUACAGGAACUUGAGACAUUCUUCCUUUUCAAUGGAAGGGAGAACACAAUUGCCAAAUAUGUUCAGGCUCAUUGGAAAGAGGAUGCAUUCUUUGAUCUGUGUAUCAGACAGAUCCAUAACCUGCCACCUAACCUGUCUGUCACUUCAGAGAUGGUUAGACCUUUUUUACCAGAGGACUCAUCACUGGGACAGGAGAUGGAGAGAGGACGUGUGUAUCUUUUGGAUUAUGAAGUGCUGGAUCAGCUGCCUGCUAAUACCGUCAAUGACAAACAGUCCUACUUGGCUGCUCCUUUAUGCCUGCUGCAUUACAACCGACAAGGAGAACUUAAGCCCAUUGCCAUACAACUUCAACAGGCUCCUGGUCCACAGAAUCCUGUUUUCUUGCCCUCCGAUUCUGCACCAGAUUGGUUGUUAGCAAAGAUGUGGGUCCGUAAUUCAGAUUUCCAGGUCCAUCAACUACUUUCCCAUUUUUUGCGCACUCAUCUUUUUGGUGAGGUGUGCUGUACCGCCACGCUCAGACAGCUUCCCGAGAUUCAUCCUCUUCACCAGGUAGAUGAAUUAAAUGAAAUAUGCUGUGUUUUCCACCAACUGGCAACCCGGGGGACUCUUCUGGCCACAAAAGGUGUUUUUGACAAGUCAAUAGCCUGUGGUCUGGAAGCAAUACCACUGCUGCUUGCUCGAGGAACGCAACGUCUCCGCUACAGCUCAUUGUGUGUGCCAGAUGAUGUAAGAGUGCGAGGACUGGAUGCUCUACCUAUCUGUUAUUAUGCACAAGAUGCACUUAGGGUCUGGGAUGCUCUACAUAGGUUUGUUGCAGGUUGGAUUCGUUUGUAUUACUGCAACGAUGAGGACGUCCAGCAUGACUGUGAACUACAGAACUGGAUUUGGGAGAUCUUCACGGAGGGAUUCCUCGGCCUCAGCCACAUAGGAGCUCCACAGUCAUUUCAGACCGCAGCCGAAUUGUGCAAGUUUGUUACCAUGGUGAUCUUUUCCUGCUCAGCACUUCAUUCGGCUGUGAAUUUCUCUCAGCUGGAUUAUAACCUUUGGAUACCGAACAGUCCUGCGGCCAUGUCACGUCCACCUUCUCAGACCAAAGGCUCGGUGUCUGAGGAGGAUAUUUUCUCCUUCCUUCCGGAAGUGAACUCCUCUUGCCACGUCCUUAGUGUCCUGUCUCUACUGUCACAGCCUGCCAUUGACUUUGUGCCUUUGUGCCAUUAUAAUGAGUGGUAUUUCAGCAGUGGUGCAACGGUAAAUCUUGUGGAGGGUGUCCGGAGAGAGCUGAAAAUGAUAGCAAAAGACAUCGCAGACCGGAACAGCCAGCUGGAGUUGCCCUAUCCUUACCUGUCUCCAGACCACAUUGAGAAUAGUGUGACUAUUUGAGUUCACUGUCAGAUUGAAUCAUGAAUUGUAACUGUUUUUUGUUUUUUUUUCCCACUGAUUAUCCUAAAAGAGAG